CUUUCUCUUACCAGAAGCACAUGCUAUAGUCUUACCUUCGUAUCAGUAACUGAUCACAAGCUAUUGAGAACCAGGCACAAGCUGACCAGGAAAUUAUAAAGGAUGUCAACCAUGUCACUAAGAAGGAGAGGCAAAAAAUCAAAUGAAGAUCCGGUUAGCGAAUCUGAUGAACCUUCUUCAUAUUCAGAUCAAAGGAAGCCAUAUGAAGCUUCUGACGAAGCAAAUGGCGGAGGGGUUCAUGAAGAUAUCAAUGCAUCAUAUCAACCACCACCAAAUGAAAAUCUUCACAAUUUGGAAAAUGAGGAUAAGGAUGAAGGUGAUGUACUAAAAGCAGAUGACUUAAAGGAUGCAGCAAAUGAAGUAAGAGAUCAAAAUAAUGAUGAGGAUAAGAAUGAUGGUGGGCCACAACAGCCAGAUCACGCAUGUUUAAAAGAAGACGAAGGUGUACAGUGUCCACAGCAUGAAUGCUUGAGAGAAGACAAAAGCAUACAGUGUGACAUUCUACCAAGAAGUCCAAAAUUCCCAACAACACGUGAAGUAGUUAUACUAAUUGUUGCAGUAUUAAGCCUUUUAGGUUUGGGUAUAUUAAUAUGGCUAGCAGGUUCAGAUUGGUCAAGCAAUGAUUGCAUGGAGAGAUGUAAAAUGGACAAGGAUGAGCUAUACAACAAGACAGAAACAUGCAUAAUAAACAGGAGAAGGGAUUUAUAUAAAUUUAACAUUACAGAUUAUAAGCGCAAUACCACAAUAAAGCAACUCGAGUAUCAACAAAAUGAAACCCAAAAAGCUUACACGCAAUGCAUCAAAGAUCUGGAACAAAAAAACAAAACACACAAAAGAUGUGAAGAAGACAAAAAGUUGUGUAUAGACACAAAAGAAAUCGACAUAAAUCGAUGCAGGGAAGACCAGAAACAAUUGAAAAAAGAACAUGAAAGUUGUAAUGAAGGCUUUAAGUUAUGUGAAACAACAAAAGAAGAAUAUGCAAUGAGUCAUGAUACGUGUAUAAAAGAAAAAAGGAGCCAGUAUAUAGAGCUGGAAAACUGUAAAACUCAUUGGGAUGGAAUAAAUAAGGCAUUGAUAAAGUGUCAAAGACAAACAGGUGGCUCAUACAGUGCAACUAGUUCCAGUUCCGUUAUAAUUACUAUAAUAUUUUCAAUAAUGAUAAUUUUUUGGAUUUUUGUUUAAGAUUUGAAUGCAACUAGACGUUCUGUGCUUGGCUGUACAAUAAAAGAAAAAAUUUUCCUUACCUAGAUAUUGUAGG